CAACAUCUUCACUAUCAAAGUUCUGUCCUAAACUUUGAAUUUUCACAACAUCCAUGGAAGACAAGGAAGAAAAAUCAGCUCCAUCAACUGCUGAAGAUGGGAUCAAGUACAGAGGAAUUAAAGCCAUGCCAUUUAUUAUAGGAAAUGAGACUUUUGAGAAGCUGGGAACAAUUGGGACACUGGCAAAUCUAUUGGUUUAUCUCACAAGUGUGUUUAAUAUGAAGAAUAUAACAGCUACUUUGCUUAUUAAUGUCUUCAAUGGAACUAGUAAUGUUGCACCAUUAGUUGGUGCUUUUCUUUCAGAUUCUUACUUUGGAAGAUACAAGAGUUUGGCCUUUGCUUCCAUCUGUUCUCUUUUGGGGAUGACAGUACUAACUCUCACAGCAGCAAUCUCCAAAUUACACCCACCAAAAUGUGAUGCAAAACAAAGUGGCACAUGUGUUGAACCAACAGCUUGCCAAUUUGCCUUUCUACUAAGUGGAUUUGGGUUUCUAGUCCUUGGAGCUGGAGGCAUCAGGCCCUGUAACUUAGCCUUUGGAGCUGACCAGUUCAAUCCAGCUACUGAAUCUGGGAAGCAAGGCAUCAAUAGCUUCUUCAAUUGGUAUUAUUUCACCUUCACAUUUGCUAUGAUGAUAUCUGCUACCUUCAUUGUCUAUAUCCAAUCAAAUAUAAGCUGGACUAUUGGGUUAGCCAUUCCGGCUUGUUUAAUGUUCAUGUCCUGUGCACUUUUCUUCUUGGGUUCAAAACUUUAUGUCAAAGUGAAACCAGAAGGUAGCCCUAUCACUAGUUUGCUGCAAGUACUAGUUGCUGCUGCUAAGAAGCGAAGGCUAGAUCUUCCUGACAACCCUGCUCUUUCCCUUUUCGAUUAUAUUCCGGCCAAUUCUAUCAAUUCCAGGCUUCUCUACACCAAUCAAUUCAGGUGGCUUUCCAAGUCUGCAAUUACAACUAGUGAAGACCAAAUCAAUUUCAAUGGCUCAGCUGCCAACCCAUGGAAACUUUGCAGUAUCCAACAAGUGGAAGAAGCAAAAUGUGUCCUAAGAGUGAUCCCAAUAUGGGCAUCAGCCAUAAUUUACUUUGUGGCAAUAAUUCAGCAACAAACAUAUGUUGUUUUCCAAGCUCUUCAAUCAGACAGAAGACUUGGCAACACUGGCUUUCAGGUCCCUGCUGCUUCAUUUAUAGUCUUUUCAAUGCUCAGCCUCACAAUCUGGAUACCCAUUUACGACAGAAUCCUAGUUCCCUCUUGUCGGAAGCUCACCGGAAAAGAAGGUGGAAUAACAAUCCUCCAGAGAAUGGGUAUCGGAAUUGUUCUCUCAAUCAUCACCAUGCUUGUUUCUGCUGUUGUUGAAGAGAGAAGAAGGCAUUUGGCUCUUACAACGUUAACACUAGGCACUGCACCUAAAGGAGGAGCCAUAUCAUCCAUGUCUGCUUUGUGGCUCGCCCCUCAGCUGACGCUUGCAGGGCUAACCGAGGCCUUUAACUCCAUUGGCCAGAUGGAAUUUUAUUACAAGCAGUUCCCAGAAAAUAUGAGAAGUGUUGCUGGUUCUUUCUUAUUUCUUGGAAUUGCAGGUUCGAGUUAUGUCAGUGGUUUUCUUGUUUCAAUUGUGCAUCAUAUCACAGCAAGAUCUCCAGGUGAGGAUUGGUUGGCUGAGGAUCUUAAUAAGGGGAAAUUGGAUAGAUUUUAUUACAUGAUUGCUGCUUUAGGAGUUGUCAACUUUGGCUAUUUCUUAACGUUUGCUAAGUGGUAUAGAUAUAAGGAUAGCAAUUGCAGCAGCUUUGAGUUGAGCUUGGAAGCAAAGCAGCAGUCUCAGAAGCACCUUGUCUGAAAUCAUAGAUUAUCAAGGAAUUUGCAUAAAUGUAUUGGGUCUUAUUUCUAUAGUAAAAUUAUUAUCUUAAUACAAAUAAAAUUGUUACAAAUAAAACUUAAUUUUUCACUA